GAACGUGCUUUUGUAAACUUGACAUAUAUUCAAGUUUAAUCGGGCUUGAUUUAUUAUCUAGUUUUCUUGUUUGAGGUAUUUGUUUUGCUUGAUUUAGUGUUAAGUUCUUAAAAGUACACAUAUUUGAAACCAUGGAAAACAUAUCUUAUCAGGACAUUCAACAGGCAUUUAGGAAAACGCAAGAAGAAUUUCGUUUUCCUGACGGUAGACUCGAACUAAUUACAGAUGAGUGUUCGCAAAAAAUGCUCAAUGCACUUAAACAAUGCAUCUUGACCGACGAACCACUUGCAAAAUCUUUAGAAUUAACAUGGAGUCCCGAUGUUGAAGACUACUAUGUUUCGACGUUAAAACAGCGAAUGUCACUUAUGGUCGUGAAUGAGAAAAAUGGAGAUAUCAUGGGUUUACGUUUAAUAAGAACUGGAAUAAAAUCCGACCACUUUGAUAACCUAACAGAUGAAAAGGUUAAAAAGAUAUUAGGCUUUAUACAAUUUUCCUCAAAAGACUUUGAAUAUUUCGCUAAACCUGGUACUUCUGAAGCGUUUGGUUUCAAUGGUCUUGGUGUACUUCCUAAAUACCGAAGACAAGGCCUUGGAACGCUCCUGACAGAAACAGGUGUGAAGUUUCUCGGCAACCUUCUAAAACCUUGCUAUAUAAAAGGAUCGGCUACGUCAAACUUUUCUAAAAGGAUAUUUGAGAAAUGCGGCUUUGAAACCCUAGCAGAGUUUCCAUAUGAAGAUUACAAAGUUGAUGAAAAAGUCGUUUUAGAUAAGAUGGGUGAGAAUAAGUCGAUGAAAGUAUAUGGAAAGUGUAUUCAAUAAUGUCGAUGAACUCUAAGAGUUCGAUUAGCUGAAGGAAACUGGUUCACUGGUUGUGUAAUUACAUAUCUUUAUCAGUUGUAUAUUUAUCAUGCCUUUUAUUCUUUCAUUGAACUAAAACAUUACUCAGGAUUUACUUGGUUUGCAGUUGCUGUUUCAAAUAUUUCAUGAAUGAUCAAUGAACUUUCCGUGCUGUGCAAAUGUCAAUGUAUACAAGACACUUCAUGAUAAUAUAUGCUAUGUUGUACAAAUGUCAGAGUAUACUAGAAAACCGAUGCCAAUAUAUGUUAUGUUGUACAAAUGUCAGUGUUUACAAGAUACGUAAUGUCAAUGUCUACUAUGUUGUACAAAGUCAAUGUAUACAAAAUACCUAAUGCCAAUGUCCGCGAUGCUCCACAAAUGUAAGUGUUUACAAGAUACCUUAUGACAAUAUCUGCUAUGCUGCACACAUGUCAGUGGAUACAAGAUACCUUAUGCCAAUAUCUGCUAUGCUGCACACAUGUCAGUGAAUACAAGAUACCUUAUGCCAAUAUCUGCUAUGCUGCACACAUGUCGGUGAAUACAAGAUACCUUAUGCCAAUAUCUGCUAUGCUGCACACAUGUCGGUGAAUACAAGAUACCUUAUGCCAAUAUCUGCUAUGCUGCACACAUGUCGGUGAAUACAAGAUACCUUAUGCCAAUAUCUGCUAUGCUGCACACAUGUCAGUGAAUACAAGAUACGUAAUGCCAAUAUCUGCUAUGCUGCACACAUGUCAGUGAUUACAAGAUACCUAAUGCCAAUAUCUGCUAUGUUGUACAAAGUCAAUGUAUACAAAAUGCGUAGUGCCAAUAUCUGCUUUGCUCCCCAAAUGUAAGUGUAUACUAGAUACGUAAUGCCAAUAUCUGUUAUGCUGUACAAAUGUCAGUAUGUACAAGAUACAUAAUGUCAGUUUUGCUAUGCUGUACAAAUAUCAAUAUAUACGACAGAACCAUUGUUCCAUACAGUGGAGAAAAUUGCAUACCGACUGCAUUUGUGACGUCAUUUCCGUAUGUUUUGUCUAAUUAUUUGUUUAUUUAUUUUACUCGGGCUUAAGAACUAUUUCAUAUCAUAUGAAAGUAUAGAUGCUUAUGCAAUUUUAUGCUCCCGAAGGCUAAGCAUAUAAUUGCUGUUUCAUCCGUCUGUCAGUCCGCCCCGCAAUUUUGUCUGGUGUAUUUCUCGACAACCAUUGGUUGGAAUUUCGUGAAACUUCAUGGAAAGCUUUUUACUAACUAGUGUUGUGUUCUGGUAGGGUUAUUUUCCACUGAGUUAUUUACCUUCGAAUAUUAAUCUGAUUAAAACCAUAUCCAGUUUACGCUACGCUUUGGAUCUAAAGACGUGCUUUUGAUAGACUCGUUCAGACGACCCUUCCGCUAGCCAAUUAGAGCCUUGCUUUCAACAUUUUGAAAAAGAAAGUAGACGUUUAAAAAAUCUAUAUUUAGCCUUGGUUUUUCAAACUCAUAAUAAUAAUUCUUAUAACUUAUAACCACAUCAUGCCUGCGCCCUCGUGUUAGUUUUGAGAGUAUCAUAUGUUAUAGUAUGUGUCAGGCAGCCGGUAAGCUCAGUCGGUAGAGCACUCGCCCUGUAAGAGCUAGAGAGGUCCUGCAGGUUCAAGCUCUUGACUGACAGCACAGUUUUCUCACCUUGUGACAUUCGACACUAUUUUGAUGGUUCAUGCAGAUGCUUGUUGAAAUGAGUCGUUUUUAAUUGAUUCAAAUAAAAAUAGAUUUUUAGAAACGAAAAUAGCAAUAUCGGAUCUCCAAAUAUACCAAUAGAUUAAUGUGAACAGGUCAUCCUUAGAUCUUCGUUUAGAAUAUCAAGUACUUAAGACAGAUUGUUUGAAUAUCAAACAUUGGUACACUAUGAUAUAAUUCUUCUCCGGAGUAUUUCUCAGCAACCACUGGUUGGAAUUCAGUAAAAAAAAGUUUACAGGAAGCUUUACUAUCAUGAGGAGAUGUGCCUAUUUGUUUUGUGCUCCGGUCAGGAAAUUUCCCACUGAGUUAUUGGCCAGUAGUAUACUACUGUACAAUUCUUCAAAGUAUUACUUAGCAACCACUGGUUGGAAUUCCUCAAAACUUAAUGGGAAAAUUCUGUCAGAAGAGGAGAUGUGAAUAUAAUUAUCAUGUUCCGGUGAACUUAUUUUCCAAUGAGUAAUCCAGCAUUAAUGUAUUGUUUUACCACUUUUUUGUCCGGAGAACCACAGGUUGGAAUUGAUCGAAACUUCACUCGAAUCUACCCUUACCUCUUGUCUUUCAUAGGAAAUCUGAAUCCAGGUGACAUUCGGAUAUUACCUCAUGUUUCGGUCUGAUAAUUUUCAGUGAGUUAUUUCCCUUUAAUUAUUCAACAUAGUAAACUAUAGCGCCAACUUAGACUGGAGUAUUUAGCAGCAAUCACUGGCUUGAAUUCCGCGAAAUAUCAUAGGAUAUUUCACUCUCAAGAGGAGGUGUUCAUAUUUUCUUCGUGUUCCAAUGGACUAGUUUGGUGGAAUGAUUCGAUUAAAAUUUGCCACUCGAUUAUUCAACAUAUCAUGCCCCCAGUCUGUGAAUCUAUUUUUAUUCAAUAAUCAUAUUUCGGGUAGCAUCCGUCAGUUUUAACGAUAACUUCUAUCGACAAAUAGAACGGAAGACAAUUUGUUGUCUUCUCACGUGAUCAUGCACAUUUUAGAAUGCAAAGGUUACUAAAUUUCAAAAUGGGUUAAGCAAUGGAACAAUAUAUGCAAAAGCAUAUAUGUGAGCGUGCUUUUGAAAGUAAGUAUCCUGUACGUGACAUACAUUUAAAUUCAUUCGAGUCUGAUACACUGCUUAGUUGUCUUGUUUUUACAAUAUGAAUACUGGCUGUCAGAGUUUAAACAAAUAAUGUCAUGUAGGGUCAUGAAUGAGAAAAAUGGCGACAUUAUUGGCUUGCAAGAGAUGAAGGUUCGUGCAGCAUCUGACUUCAGUGCAAUCGAUAACGUCAAAGAUAAAAAUGCUAAAAAGAUAAUAAAAUUUAUUGUAAAUUCCUAAAAGCACUUCGGUGUUUUCGCACAACAUAGUACUUCAGAAACGUUUUUCUUGGUUGGUGUACUUCCAAAAUACAGGAGACAUUGUCGCUAAAUCUUUCUAAUUGAAACAGGUCCGAAAUUUCUUCCCAACCUUCACAAGCCACGACCAACAAUUCGCUAGAGAUUUCCGAGAAAUGAGGUCAAGUUUAAAAGUGCAGUAGAGUUUCAAUAUGGUAUGAAGUUUACAAAGUUGAUGUUUAGGAUUUGUUUUGUUUGUUUUCUUCUUCCUUUUUUUUUUUUUUUUUUUUUUUUGAUGACACGGGCGAUAAUAAGUCGAUGAAAGUGUCUGAGAAGUGUAUAAAUAAUGUGGACAAAAAGUGAUUGGUCGUUUUGCUAAAGUAAACAUCAAUAUGUUGCGAAAAUACCAAUAUUUGCAUGUUACAGUAGAUGCUUAAAUAGAUCGUGUUUCGAUCAUUGUAUACAUAUUUAAUACAACUACACUUGGUAAGGUAUAAAGAAGUUAUUAUCUUUGAAUUAACAUGGUACUUGAAACCCAUGUACCAUUUACUGUUUUAGUUUAAAAAAUGCUACAUUGAAUACGGUAUGAAUAUGCAUUAUGUGAAGAAACCAGGUACGUAUGCACAUGUAUGUAAUGGCCCAAAAGCUCGAUGGCUCUAACAACUGAUAUAACCGUAACAAAAUUGUGCCGGUGCCAUAGAUUUCAAGUAAGCGAUGUUCUUUUAUAUAAAUACUAAUCAUUAUAUAGUUUCAUUUAACAGAAAGAAAUAUUUACCAUGGUUUAAUUACGAUUUCAAAUAUGUAUUAAAUAAGCAAAUGUCAUUAUCUCCUAUGUUACACAAAUAUCAGUAUAUACAACAUAGGCGGUGCUAGUACCUCAACUUUUUGUAUGAAUGUCAGUAUAUAUAUAUAGGACGAGCAAAUUGCAAAUAGCCAUUUUGUUAUAUAGAUGUCAGUAUUUAGAAUAUAAGCAAA